AUGGCGUUUAAUGAUUGCUUUAGUUUGAACUACCCUGGCAACCCCCAGCAGGGGGACUUGAUUGAAGUGUUCCGUCCUGGCUAUCAGCACUGGGCACUGUACUUGGGUGAUGGUUAUGUUAUCAACAUAGCGCCUCUAGAGGAUAGCCUUCCUGCGUCAUUUACAAGUGCCAAGUCUGUAUUCAGCAGAAAGGCCCUGGUGAAGAUGCAGCUCUUGAAGGAUGUCGUGGGAAGUGACACCUAUAGAAUAAACAAUAAAUACGAUGAAACAUACCCCCCUCUUCCUGUGGAAGAAGUCAUGCAACGCUCAGAGUUUGUUAUUGGACAGGAGGUGGCAUAUGAUAUAUUUGACAACAACUGUGAGCAUUUUGUGACUUUGCUUCGCUAUGGAGAAGGAGUUUCAGAACAGGCCAACCGAGCAAUAAGUACCAUUGGGUUUGUGACAGCUGCUGCCAGUGCCUUCUCACUCCUGGGCUUGAUUCCAAAAAGACAAAGGGCAAAAUACUUUUAA